AUGGAGCCUAUUGUUACUCUUCUACGGGAGAGAAUCCUCUCUUCAGCUCACAAGACACUAUAUUUUGAGGAAGAGAUUUCUCGUGUUCUCUACACAAUUCGCGACACUGUAAUCAAUGGUGUAAGCAACUCCAUGCUCAUCAUAGGUCGUAGGGGAUGCGGAAAAAAUCAUCUCCUUAGGGAAGCAUUAGAGAAAGUAAAGCUGGAUCCUGUAGUGAAGGACAAUUUAAUCGAGGCACAUAUCAAUGGGCUUAUUCACACGGACGACCGACUGGCGCUUCAUGCAAUUGCAAAGCAGCUCCAACGGGUUUGCUCUGAUCUCGUUGUGAAGACGGACCUUUUAAAAUUUCCCGCAGAGGAGAAUGUGGAGAUGAAGAGUGGUGAGGACGGUUCUGCAGCUGAGGACAUUCGAAUGCGCAGCUUCGCGGACCAGUUGCGAUGGCUGCUGGCGGGCCUACGUGCAGGUAGCAACACUUCCUCGAAGACCCUUCUCGUAGUUGUAGAGGAGUUUGACCUCUUCGCGGCGCACCGUAAUCAAGCCCUUCUCUACAACCUCCUCGAUGUUAGUUGUCACGCUGAUGGCGCUCCCAUCUGUGUUAUCGGUGUUACUUGUCGGCUGGACAUAAUGGAAAUGCUGGAAAAGCGGGUGAAAUCCCGUUUCUCUCAUCGCCAACUCCACAUUAUUCCUGUGACUGCACCGCAUAUAACAGAUAUCUCAACCGCCGGCGGUGUCGGUGGCACUGAUAACGAUGGCAGCGAAGGUGACGAUCCUGGCGAAGGUCGAGUAAGCCCCUUUCAACGCUACUGCCUUCUCGCUGCCAGCCUCUUGCGCAUCGACGACGCAAGCCUGCAGCAACUAACAACCAAGCUGCAGCCUUCCGAUUGUAAGGAGUUCAUCGAUUCCGUGGCCCGGUGGAAUGUCCACGUAGAGGCCUUCUUCGAAGACGACUUGGUGAGGGACUGUUUACGACAGGCCUGGGAGGUUUCUACUUGUGUUAGGAAGCUGGUAAAUACUAUUGCUCUUCUGAUUGCGCAACUAGACGGGUCGAAGCCACAUUUGGACGUCGGGAACUUCAUUAGUGUGGUGUCCAAAGUGUGCCAGGAUGCAAAGACAUCUCAGCUACUCAGUCUUUCCCUGCUGGAGCUAAUUCUUGUCACUACAAUGGUGAAGCUCCACGAUAUUCACGAGGGUCAGCCACUCAACUUCGAGAUCGUCUUCAGUGAGUACUCGCGUUUCUGUAAAUCAAGCUGCCCGGCGUACCUCUACGAGAGGAAGGUGGUGUCGAAGGCGAUGGACAACUUGGUGCAGUUGGAGUUAGUGGUGUGUGGCCGUGAGGCAGUGGUGGACGUGGUCACGCAACAGAGGCGGUGCCGCGGCGCUACUCGUUCCAACAUCUUUGCUGCGGCGGCCAAUCUUCCUGACCAGCUGAGGCGCUUUCAACCAAUAGCGUGCUUCGUCUCCGCGCCCUCCCUCAUCGCCUGUCUCGACACCUACCCUGGGUGCCCCAUUGAACUAUCUCAGAUAAGAGCUUCCGUGCCCGGAUAUGUCACAGGUGAUGAGGUGUGA